AUGAAUAAUCCUUGUCCAUCACAACUUCCGAGUGCAAAAACUACACCAUCAUAAUUGCGUUAGGGUGAAUAAUAAUAAAUACCUGAAGGUUAUUAAAAAUAAACUGGUCGGGUUCCAGCAUCUUCACAGAUUUAAUCUGGGGCUAUCAAUUAAGCAAUUCCAAUCUAAUAAACUGGAUUUAUAACAAAUCCUCAUUAUUUAUAACAAUAAGUUUGA